AUGGCUCGAGAAAAAAUGUUUGACCCUGCUUUUCAGAAAAGUUUCACUGAAGCCAUUCUUAAAGAAAAUAAGAUACGAGUCAACUGGCAUGUACAGCAUGGCGAUCGGCGCAAAGGAACUUUAGGGCCUUGUGGCUGGGAUGACGAACCUGACGACGAUGACGAUGACUUUGUUCCAAAGGAGGACGAAGACGUUCUGCCAGCCGAGCCCAUUGUCUCCACCACAGAUCAGCUGGAGCCAAGAAUACCCAAGAUUUUAUCAGAGGACGAGGAUAAUCAGGAAUUUAGUGUUCCCGAGCUCAUGAAACCUGUGCCCCUGGAGACGAAAAGGCUAAUUUAUAAAGGUGGGUAA